AAGCACGUGCUGACGCCGAGCGACGACGUGGCUCCCGCCUACCUUGAAUUGGGGCGGGUUGAGAGAGUCACAUCGACGGACGACUCAAUAUUUACUAUUACUUAAUUCCAUUAUAUAGAUAUUAUCAACAAAUAAAUAUUCCAGGAUGUUACCACCUCCUGCUCCGGCACUUACCACCAUUCGCGGCUUCGCGCAAACCCCAACAAUGUCCGCCGACGACGACGACGACGACCAGUGCAAGUCGCCGCCCUUGUCUGCGCGACGUGGUCGCACCCCUCGCCUUGACGAUGUCAUCAGCGCUAAUUGUAGCCCCGUGCUUCGCGGUCACAACUCUCCCGCUAUUAGCGGCAUCGCUAAGCUGCGCGCGCAACUAGAGCCUCUUAGCUUAGGCGGCUCCCGCUCCAGUUCUAUGGCCCGAACUCGAAGCAAUAGUCGCCUCAGCUGUAUGAGCGGAGCUACCAGCCAAAUGGGUCGCAGUGACGACGAAAUCUCGGAGGGUGGAUCGACCAGUUACGAAGUCCAGUUAGAACACGACUUUGUAAGCGAGAGCGUGCAAGAGAAGAGGUAUGGUGCGAUUGCAGGAGGGCUCGUACCCCGGAAGAUACAGGCCGACGACUUCGAGACAUUGCGCUGUCUUGGAAAGGGCACGUACGGGACCGUCCUACUAGUUAAGCAGCGCUCUACAGGUCGGCUCUACGCGCAGAAGCAGUUCAAAAAGGCUUCUGUUGUCGUGCACAAGAAGCUUAUCGAGCAAACAAAGACAGAAAGACAAAUCCUCGAGUCCGUUAACAGGCACCCUUUCGUUGUCAAGCUAUUCUAUGCUUUCCAGGACCAAGAGAGGCUAUACCUCAUCCUCGAGUACGGACAAGGUGGAGAACUUUUCACCCAUCUCAACACCGAGAAGAUGUUCCCCGAGCCUGUCGCUGCCUUCUACAUGGCAGAGAUGGUUCUAGCUCUAUCCCAUCUUCACGAUACGCUUGGUGUUGUGUACAGGGAUUUGAAGCCAGAGAACUGCCUCUUAGAUGCCCAGGGUCAUCUUCUGCUAACGGACUUUGGCUUAUCCAAGGUAGCUGUAGAUGAUGAUGAUAGCUGCAAAUCCAUACUCGGAACGGUCGAGUACAUGGCUCCUGAGGUUGUUUUGGGCCAGAAAUAUGGCAAGGCCGUUGAUUGGUGGUCCUUUGGAGCGCUGGGCUACGACCUUAUGACGGGUAACCCACCGUUUCGAGGCGGCAACCAUGCGAAGAUCCAAAGCAACAUCGUCAAGCAGAAGCUUGUCUUGCCUUACUUCCUGUCAGCCGACUCUAAGGAUAUAUUGACGAGAUUCUUGAAGAAGGACCCUGCGAAGCGCCUUGGCUCGAACAUGCCCAGAGACCUCCAGAUCAUCAAGAAGCACAGGUUCUUCCGAAAGAUCGAUUGGAAGAAGCUUGCGGCCAGAGAAAUAGAGCCGCCGAUUCAGCCGAUGAUCACAGACCCUGAACUCGCAGAGAAUUUCGCCCCUGAGUUCACCGAGUUGCCCCUGAGUCCUAUUUUGGCCAAGACCCCUUGGGAUGAGGUGCCACCAGAGGAGAGCUUUAAGGAAGAUCCCUUUGGCGGGUUCAGCUAUGUAGCUUCAAGCAGCCUGUUAGACAACCACGGGUUCAUGUUUGGCGAAGCAUAGACAUUCUCAACAAGGCGCAUAACAUCGAGAACGGAAUAGAGCAGGGGGCAUUAUGAGACAGAUUGCGAUUUUAGAGCCAGCGUAUAUGUGGCUUGACUAACCGAACGGGCAAAGAAUUGGAGUUUUGGGAAGCGAGGGUUUAGCAUCACAGUUCUAGACAGAAGGUGGUGUUUGAAUUUGAAAUGGGAAUGGCGUUCAGGAGGCUUCAGGCAGGAUGAACUGCAAU